UACAUUUAUUUAAAAAACCGAUCGAAAUUACAACUGUAAUUUAGAAAGCCAAAGAAGUUGAGUUUUUGUUGAGCUUGUUAAAAUGAAUUUCGCUUCGCAAUUAUGGCAGAGAAUGUGGCAUCAUCAGUUCAAAAACCGGGGCUUACAUGUUCCACCAGUCGAAAAAAGCAGAUUGAAUGACGGAUUGAAAGAAAAACUUGAACAAUCAGAACAACUAAUAAAACGGGCGAUGACCCUGUAUAAACCGAAUGAGUUGAUGCUGUGUUUUAAUGGUGGUAAGGAUUGCACAGUGUUGCUAGAUAUUUUAGCCAAAACUAAGCCCCAAUCGAUGCCAUUGCGAGCGGUUUACGUAAAGACCGCAGAUCCAUUCGAGGAGUUGGAUAAUUUUGUCGAUAGCUGUGCUCAGCGUUAUGGAUUGCAGUUGCGACGAUACGAGGGAGAUCUGAAACUGGCCUUCGAGCAGUUGUUGGCCGAGGAUACUCAGAUAAAGGCCAUGUUCCUCGGCUGCCGGCGCAGCGAUCCCGGUGGAUCAAAUCUUUCCGAGAUGAUGGCCAGCGAUAACGGCUGGCCGGCGAUGAUGCGGAUUUUCCCGCUGCUCGAGUGGAGCUACCACGACAUCUGGUGCUAUCUGCGGACCAAUGAUCUGCCCUACUGCUGUCUCUACGAUCAGGGCUACACAUCUCUGGGGGAUCGCAGUUCAACGCGCCUGAAUCCCAGUCUGCUGGUCUACGACGAGAAGCUGGGCAAGAUGACCUACAGGGCGGCCCACGAGUUGAAGGACACCCGCCUGGAGCGGGCCAAUAGGGAUGAGCACGGCCAGGUGACCCUGGUGACCGAGUCCAAGCAGUAAUCAUUAGCUUCAGUUCAGGUCAAGCUCAAAGUUUUUCUUGUUCUGCUCUUGACUUGUUCGUUUGUUUUUUUUGUGUUUUGCCCAACACCAUGUUAGCCAAAGUGGAGCAGCAAGUGUCAGCUAACUGGGCCGACAAUUCUGUUCAAGACCCCAUUUCAGUUGCCCACAUUUCGCUUAUCAGACAAUUUCAAAUACUUCAACAACCCGGCCUAGCCCCUCAUAAACGUUUGGCUUCGGUGUAUAAGAGAAAAAUGGUGAAAGUUGCAGAAAAGAGGUGAUUUUGGUGAAAGCUAAGACUAAAGCUCAGGAACUCUUCCUAAAUGCCGUG